UAUUAAGUGAAAAUUUUGCAGACGUGCGAUAAAGUUUUAGCUAAAAAUAAGAGCUGUGCAGUGCACGCACCUCGUGCGAAUCGCAGUGAAAGAGUUUGAAAGCAAAAACAAAGAAAGCGCUUGGAAUUGAACUAAGAUGAUAGUAAUUUCCGGCGUGGAAUCGUAUUCAUUAAAUGGAACCGUUGAGUUAACGACAGUAUUGGGUGCGCUUUUCGGCGUCGUCACUUUGAUGUUCUUAUUUUUCCUUUACGUACAUCGCAAAUGGUGCUUUCAUGCUCGACACGGUCUAAAUUGUUGCGAUGAGAAGAUAAACGCAUCCAAAUACACGCAAAAAAUGUCACGCAAACGCCGUUAUGAUAAUACCAGCUCUGAUUCUGAGGAAGAUAUAUUGCGGCGCUUACGCUUGCAGCAGUCACGUAAUUUGUCAACGAACGGUAAUUUCAAUAGUUACGGUGUGCACCAGCAGUCAUCGUAUCUGCCACCGUCUCCGCCAAAUCCCCAACACAGCUUCAAUUAUACGCCGAACGAAUUGCAGCGCGUUACGAUAACGCCACGCUUCGAUCCGGCGCGUGAUCCGUUGGCCAUAGCGGAGCGUGGUAAAGUCGGUAUUCCGUCCUCGCAUAGUGAGUGCAGUUCGAAUGACUCGGAGAAGGCCUCAGUUGACAGUCAUACGGGUAUAUUGACCGGUGACAGGAAAGAACGUCUUCAAAGUAAUGGCGGCACGAAUAAGUCGAGCGAAUGCAGCGCUUCGUCUUCGCUGAAGGAGUCGCGCAUCGACAAUCGUGCGGAUUUGCCAAAAACCAGCAGUAAUAGCAGUAGCGGCAGAUAUCAGAAGAUAUCGACGGCGUCUGCGCGUCAAGACAGUUUAGAUGAUGUGCCUGAUUUGCAUAGCAAUAAUAAUAAUAUUCAUAACAGCAGUAAUAAUAAUAACGAAGAUGAACCACUUUUCGACACCAGCGAUUUGCGUUCCAUCAAAUCGGACGACACUUCGGUGCAGAAUCAAUUCUAUGGUAAAAGUGGCAGUAUCGAAAUCUCUUUGCUGUACGAUGCACCCAUGCGUAAGAUGACUGUGCACGUGAUGCAAGCCCGCGGUCUACCCACUUUGGGCAACGGACAAACGACGCAUACGCAGGUCCGUCUUCUUAUGUUGCCAAAUAAGAAGCAAAAGCAUAAGACUAAAAUUCGCUCGGGCGAGAAUCCACAAUAUAUGGAGAGUUUUCUGUUACAUCGAGUCAAUCCAGAGGAGGUCAACAAUAUGGGACUGCGUGUACGAAUAUACGGUUGCGAACGUUUACGGAAAGAACGUCUAAUCGGCGAGGCGUAUGUUAGUUUCGCCACAAUAGAUUUACAGUUGGAGACGAAUUUGUGGCUACCCUUGGAGCCGAGGAGUACGUCUUCUAUUUUGGGCUCAAAUAGUGAUUUGUUAAGUCUGGCGCGUUCAGAUAGUGCCGGUUCGACCACAUCGAUGCAACAUGGUGGUGUGCCGGAACUACUCUUAGGUUUAGGUUAUAACGGCGUUACAGGGCGUUUGACAGUGGAAAUUGUCAAGGGUAGUCAUUUUCGUAGUUUAUCAAUGAAUAAGGCGCCCGACACAUAUGUAAAGCUGUGCUUAGUUAGUAGUAUAGGGCAGGAAAUAUCGCGAGCGAAAACAUCAACGAGACGCGGCCAACCACAUCCGCUCUUUAAGGAGACCUUCGUCUUUCAAGUGGCACUUUUCCAGUUGAACGAUGUGACGCUUAUGGUUUCCGUUUAUGCGAAACGUAAUAUGAAAAAGAAUGAAAUGGUCGGCUGGUUUAGUAUGGGUUUAAACUCGUCCGGACCAGAGGAGGUAGCGCAUUGGGCGGAUGUACGCGACUUAGCCAAGGGUGAGCUAUUGGCGCGCUGGCAUGUGUUAGUGGAUUCCUGA